CCGGCCUAGCAACCGCCCCGUCCCGCCCCCAGCUCCCCGCCCGGCUCCGACGCCAUCGGUGCGCGCCGCGGCGGCGCCAUGGCGGAGGUGCGGGUGAAGCCGGAGGCGCCCGACCCGGUGGACAUCGAGAGCCGGAUAAUCGAGCUGUGCCACCAGUUCCCUCACGGCAUCACCGACCAGGUCAUCCAGAAUGACAUGCCGCACAUGGAAGCCCAGCAGCGAGCCAUGGCCAUCAACAGGCUGCUCUCCAUGGGGCAACUGGACCUCCUCAGGAGCAAUGCAGGUCUCCUGUAUAGAAUCAAAGAGUCUCAAAACGCAAGUAAAAUGAAAGGCUCUGACAAUCAAGAGAAACUGGUUUACCAAAUCAUAGAAGAUGCAGGCAACAAAGGUAUUUGGAGCAGGGACAUUAGAUACAAAAGUAAUCUGCCUUUAACGGAGAUCAACAAGAUACUGAAAAACUUGGAGAGCAAGAAACUAAUUAAAGCAGUUAAAUCCGUGGCAGCAUCCAAAAAGAAGGUGUAUAUGCUAUAUAACCUGCAGCCUGACCGGUCAGUGACUGGUGGGGCUUGGUACAGUGACCAAGACUUCGAGUCUGAAUUUGUGGAGGUGUUAAAUCAACAAUGUUUUAAAUUUCUACAGAGUAAGGCAGAAGCAGCUCGAGAGAGCAAACAGAACCCCAUGAUACAGAGGAACAGCUCAUUUGCGUCAUCCCAUGAGGUGUGGAAAUACAUCUGUGAACUGGGUAUCAGUAAGGUAGAGUUGUCAAUGGAAGACAUUGAAACCAUUUUAAAUACGCUAAUAUAUGAUGGAAAAGUGGAGAUGACAAUUAUUGCUGCAAAGGAAGGGACGGUAGGCAGCGUUGAUGGACAGAUGAAGUUGUACAGAGCUGUCAGUCCUCUCAUACAACCUACCGGAUUAGUCAGGACACCGUGCGGACUCUGCCCGGUUUUUGAUGAUUGCCAUGAAGGUGGUGAGAUUUCUCCAUCAAACUGUAUUUAUAUGACAGAGUGGCUAGAGUUCUAAGGUGAAAGAAAAACUGUAAACUGGAUUCAUUCCAUAUAGCCAAGGUGACAAAGCAGCUUGUUUUUUUAGAAGUGGACUUCCAAAUUUGUGAACAACAUCAAGACAACUUCAAGUUCCUUUGUUUUUCAAGUAAACAUAAGGCAGCAACACAUCAGUUCUGUGUCCUGUGAGUGGGCUGAAACUCAAACCAGGACUGAAGAUCAAGGCUGAAGUGAAAACAGAUCCAUUCUUGUAUAAAAAUGUGUGUGACUUGAAAAAUGUCAUAGAACUGGGUGGUGACGUGACACUUUCAAGGAUUGUGUUGAGUACCCUGCCAACAUUUGCUUUAAAUGAGAGAAAAUAAGUCAUCAGCCGAUCAGAAAAACUUGCUGGUGAGUGUUGCCAAGAAUGAGAUCCCAAACUUUGCGAUCAGAUUAAUGCUGCAGAUGGGAGCUUAAGUCCUAAAGCUGACACUUUUUUCCCCAUGAUAGCUACCGUCUAAUUGGAGGCUAAAGAUCUAAUGUGGGAAAGAUCCUAAAUAUGUUAAAUAGAACUCACUGAUUCUUUACCAUCUUCCUUACCUGCUAAUUUAUCAUUAAAACGCUGUUGGAUUUUUCUUACGUAUUUUUGUGCUUCAUUUUCUCUGCUGCUGUCGUCAUCUGGUGAUGUAUCUGUACUUAUUCCUUCAUCUGAUGGCUAGAGGAUCAUCUAAUCUGUGUUGCUGUAUUCUGGCAGCUGCAUUAUGUACACACACAUCAGCUGAAAUUUUGAUUGUAAGUAUUCUGUAAAGAUGUGUUUUCCAGAAGAGAAACAGUUCCUCUGGUCUGAAACUACAGGUACAGGGAAAACUUUUACAGACUGUCUGAAUGCCCUCAGGGUUGCAAAAGAUGCCAGUGACAGCUGUUUGUACAUAAAUACGCCCCCUGGCCUUGGUUUGUGAUCUGAGAAAGGCAUGAUACUGGCAUAUCAUCAAAAAGCAUGAGCUGCUCUUCCUGUGAUGUGGAGCCAGUUUGUGUUUCUUGUAAGCAUAGCCUCUCUGGCUCCUCUGUGCAUCUCUGGACUGAUGAAUUGGCAAUAACUUAUAAAUUGUGUUGUAAUAAGCCUAUUGCCCUUGAUGGUGGCCCAAGGCAUGCUGGAACGUGGAUGUGUUCUUUGAGGAAACUAGACACAGCUCUACAGAUACCUGGCAGCAUUAGAGAUGUGAUACUCUUUGGAAAUGUGGCUUCAAAUCCUGCUUUGGAAGUAAACAGACUUUUUGUACCAA